AAAGAGACAUGGACGAUGGUUUUCAAAUCAGCUGGAACACGGAUCAAGGUUGGUCAUUAUCAGAAGAUGGACGGUUUCACAGUUAGGAAUGCAAUUUUCUUACUCUGUUUUGUUGCUCUCAUCUCAGCAGUGAAAUGGCCAAGGGGAACAUAUACUUUGGUCAAGCCAAUGACCGGAUGUCCUCGUGGGUGGCUGGAGGGAUGGAGACACCAGGACAAUGAGGACAAAAAUAACAAAAACGAUAUAGAAGACGGACAUCACUUCUUUGGCAUCAGUGGAAACAAUCCUAGGAAUCUGAAUUUCUCUUACUGCACCAAGGAUCCCGAUGAUUUUAAUGACGAGGGUUAUUGGCCCGGUGGAAACUACUGUAUUCUGAAGCAUGGGAAUACAUGUCCUCCUGGAGCUUUCCGGAGUGGAACCGUUCAUUGGGAUGACGAAGACUCUAGAAAUAAAAACAGUGCAGGAGGAGAAUUACCGAGUGGAAGGUUUGGCAGGAAUACAGAAAUUGACUACUGCUGCAGAAAAGACGGUUCCUAUUCAACAGAAAUCCGACUUCCAAAAUCUAAACCGUUCUAUUUGUUGAGGCAUACUACCUACUGUCAGCGAGUUAAGGGGAUGUACGUGAGAGAAGAAACAGUGUUUACAGAUGAUGAAGACAAAAGAAACAAAAAUAGCGUGUCCGGAAGUCACCCAUACGGACCAUCUAAUGGAGAUAGGAACUACAAACUGUUCUAUUGUUACUAUUGGUCAUUGUAAUAAAACACUGUCUCAUGAUGGUCAUAGUUCUACAGUGGAAUUCUGUAUGAAGUGAAACAUGAAUUAAAAAAAAAUAUCAUCUUAUGUUAAUAUAGCAAUAAAAGAGCACAUAUCUUUGACCUAAA